AGAAACUGGUGUGCCCACAUCGUGAACAAGAACGUGAGCUGCUCCGUGCUGGACGGGACCGAGGGCUACGUCCAGGCUCAGUACAGAUGCGCCUGGAACCAGUUCCCCUGCCAGCCCGUGCCGCUAUACCGACUGAGUUUCAGACCACGUUACACAGUUGCAUAUAAAAUGGUAACAGAACUGGAAUGGAGAUGUUGUCCUGGUUACAAAGGCGUAGACUGUAGAGAAGGACCAGCAGAAAAACCAAAAACCAGUCUUUCUCCCACUAUACAACCACAGGCUGCUAUGAAGAAAGGCUUGGAUUCUGAACCAACAGAAGUGCCACAAGAAUUAUAUCAGAAGAAAAUUCAGUUCUUUGAGGAUGAAUUGUUUCGACUUACACAGACAGUGCUUGAUCUUCAGUCCUCUGUAGCAGGUGUGAAUGAAAACUUAAAACUUACUGUCCAAGAAGAUGCCAGUAAAAUGUUGGUUUCCUGGCUGAACAACCUUUAUGACCACCCAGGGCCCGAUAGUGCCAUUGGUGGUGAAACAGACACUAUUCAUCUACCUGGAAUUAUGAGCAAUAAAGACCAGAAAGAACAUUUUACUGUGCUGAGAAUGGAAGAUAUAAAGUUUGAGCUAGAUGAGGUCAAAGAAGCCUUGAAGGUCAAAAACCGUCAGUUGGAGGAGCUGAAUGGAAAAGUGAAGGGCUAUGAAGGACAACUAAAACAACUGCAGGAGGCAGCACAAGGACCAACAAUAAUGAUGCCUAGUGGUGAUUUAUAUCAGGAAUAUAUUGACUCAAAAUUUGAGGCCUUGAGACAGGAAAUGUUGGAAGGAUUAGAGACAAAAAUGGCAGAUCUGAAGAGCUCCUGUGAAUACAAACUAUCGGGUAUCCAACAACAAUGUGAUGACCAUGAAGCCAGUUAUGCAGGAAUGAUUGAACUUAUAGAAGAAAAGGAAAAUGAUCUGAAGAGAGAAGUGAAUGAUCUCCGAAUUCAGAUCCAAACUCCGUCAAACCAGGCAAACUGUUGCAAGGAUGGCAAAAGUGGUGACUUCAGUCAACAGAUAAAAAAUUUGGAUGAGAAAGUGGAUAGAAUCAUGGAAGCAUACAAUGUCUUAAAUGCCAGAAUAGAUAAUGAAAUCAGCCAAAUUUCUACUCCACAUCUAGAAGACAUCUUUGGUGCAAGGUGGGAAGAGCUAGAUGCUAGGAUCAAUGUUACUGAGAAGAAUGCCGAAGAGCAUUGUUUUUACAUCGAGGAAACUCUUCGAGGUAUUAUAGCUUCUGAAGUAGAUGAAGUGAGAGACUUACUUGACCAAAAGCUACAGGCACUAGAAGAGAGACUGGGUGGAACUAUUUUGGAGAUUGCCAAUGCCACAGACUCUGAGGGAAUAGAUAGUAGUCCUAAAUUAGUCUUGCACAAUGAUUCAGGACUUGGAAAUGAACUAUUUACAGCUGAGAUUAAUCUUCUUAGGAACAAACUACAAGCUGUUGAAAAUCUUUGCUGGCAGAAAUGUAACUCCGCACCCCGAAGUAUAGAAGAUCUUCAGAAAGACAUAGAAAGUUGUAACAAGAAAUAUGAAGUCUUGCUUUUGAAAACAGAAGGUAAUUCUGCUUUUCUGAAGUCUUUAAAUGGCUCUCUUAAUGAAAAGUUUAACUUCAUUAAGGGCAACCAACGUGACGUCCAAAAAUUGCAGAAAGAUUUACGUGUACUUCGUUUUGGUUUAAGUAUGAUGGAUAAAGAUGUGAAAAAUCUUCAAGAUGGCUUGAGCAGCUGUAAGGAGCAACUUCUGGGUGUCAAUUCUACAUGUAAAAAAGCACAGCGUGGUGCAUUCAGAAAAAUAGAUGAAAUACAGAGGACGGUUGCCAACCACACCUCUCAUCCAAAUGAUAAUUGUUGUAAUGAAAUAAGAGAAAGGAUAGAAAAGCUAAAUGAACAAGUUUUUAAUGACCUCAAUAAAUGUAAAGAAAGGACCUCUGGUAUCCAGCAAGGAGUCUCAGAUGUUGAUAGCAGAGUGUCCCAUGUUGAAAAAGUUUGCAGCAAAUUGGAGCUUAUCUCUGGUAAUCUACAGAGGAUAAAAGAAGCUCUGAAUAAGCAUGUCACCAGGUUAUGGAACUGCAUUAAUCAGAUGAAUGGAACUAUAGCAUCUAAUUCCAAAGAUAUUUCAGGUCUCAAAAACUCUUUCCAACAAUAUCAUACUGAGAUCUCCAAAAUUACCACUGACCUUCAGGAUUUGAUGGAAACUCAAUCUGCCACAUUGGAAAGGGAAUCAGGAAUACCACUUCAUCCACCACGAGAAAGGACCCCCCUGCAGCUAUAUCCAGAGGUGCCACCAUAUCCCCCACAACCAAGGACACCACUACAGCCACAACCUGGAAUACCUCUGCAGCCACAGCCAGGAAUACCACCACAGCCAGGAAUACCCCUACAGCCCUCACAGCCAAGAAUAGUAAUACAACCACCACGACAAAGAACACCUCUUCAGCCAUCCCAGCCAAGAAUUCCUCUGCAGCCAUCAUUACCAGGCUCAGGCAUUUUACCACUUUUGCCUGGAUCAACAGGAAUCAUAAUGGAGACUGGAGAGGCUGGUCCUCCUGGCACAGUUUUAAUGUCAGGAAGGGGAUGGUCUAAAAGUGUAGAUGGCCAGGUUGGUCAGAAUAUCAUGCCCGUUGCGGAAGGAUAUGCUGGAGCCCCAGGCUAUCCAAAGGCAUCUUCCCCUUCCUCAGCCUCACAAGGACCCACCACUACAACCGCCUCUCUGGUGUCUUUCUCAGCUGGUCUUACACAGAAGCCUUUCCCCAGCGAUGUUGGUGUAGUCCAUUUUAACAAAGUGCUUGUGAAUGAUGGAGACAACUAUAAUCCUAACACAGGCAUCUUCACAUCCCCCUUUGAAGGGCGCUACUUGAUUACUGCCGUGCUAGCUCCCGAGAGAGAUGAGUAUGUAGAAGCUGUGCUGUCGGUCUCCAAUGCAAGCGUUGCUCAGCUCCACACAGCGGGCUACAGAAGAGAACUGCUAGAAUAUCACAAGCCGAGAGGAGGGAAACAGACUUGUGGUGGGGCUGGAACUUUCCACCUUGUUCUUCACCUAAAAGCUGGAGAUGAAGUAAACAUUGUCAUCACUGGAGGCAAACUGGCCUACACAGACUCCGAUGAAAUAUACUCCACGUUUAGUGGAGUCCUUCUCUAUCCUUCCAUUUCUCAUGUCUAGGUUCCUCUCAAAGAGAAGAGGACAAGAUAUUCAGAAAGAAUUGAUUGUAAUAAAAUUCGAAGCUUUAAUAUAUUCAGUUUAUAUAUUUAACUGAGUGGUGGUUUGAUGAGCCAUGUUGAGUUCUUCAUCUUUUCCUUCUGCCUUGGAGACUUCUUGAUAUCACCACCAUGAAAGGUGUGGUUACAGUAGUUAAACUAAUUAUUAUUCCCCACCUUUACAUGUACGUAAAGAAGAAAGUGUCAAACAACACACCUGCACUCAGAGCUUGCAGGUCACUCCAGUACACUCUUUGGUUACUCCCUACUACAGAGUUUACUCACAUCAGCUCUCCCCAAUGGACAGCUGCUAAUUCCCAGCACCACGCAUUCAAAGUUCGGCAUUUUUCUUCCAAUUUUUGUUGAAAUUUACAAAUUGAUAUCUUCACAUUUCCAUUACGACAGGGAAGAGGAACUGGGAGUGCAUGGGAAUGACCUGACCUCUGGCCAGGAUACUUCAUUUCAGGGAACUGUCAGCUCCAGGGAAUUACUGACCUUGGGUACUCUGAACAACAACAAAAAAGGGUGGGGGGUGAUAUUUGGUCUGCUUGGAGACGAAACUCCUCUCAGACCCAAGGUGAAUCCUUGAGUUUGCCAGAAGCGGCCAUGAAGUAAAGGAUAGGACUGUGUUUCAUGAUGUGCCCAUGCAUAUGCUUUUUCCCCCACAGUGGAUGAAAGCUACCACUUGGUAGUUCAGCCUCAAGUGGAAGAGCAGUGAGUUUUCAUCUCCUACAGGCAUAAAAAAGCAAGAGUACAGGUAGGUCCUGAAGAGCAGAUGACACUCCUCUACCUCACAGUAACUACUGAUGUGCCACUUCCAGGCAGUUGGAACCAUUUCCUUACAAAUGAAGGAAAUCUGGUGCCUCAGUCUGGUUCUUCACUUCUGGGUGCUAAAUAGGAAAUCAGACAGCAGAUGCAGUGGUGAAAUGCACAACCGUUGUUUUUACGUGAUGUGGAGAAGAAAACUGACCUCAGCUCUGAAUGUUUAAGGCAAUUUGUUCUGAGAACCAAGGUCUUGCUUCAUCUGGUAACUUAGAUCAAAGCAAGUUCUGAAGAGCUGCAUCAUCAGUGAUCAGAAAAUGCAUAUUCAGACUCGAACUGUCAUUUAACAAGCUUCAUUUGAAAAAAAAAAA